AUGGCCAGUAACCCACCAAGAUGUCCCAGAGGCUGCAGCGGUCCAUCCCACGUCAGAGAACCUUUCCUGAAGAUGGUCCACGCCAAUGAGUCGCUCCCAACCGUUCAAACAUCACAGGCUCAGAACGAGUUCCUCCUUCCCAAUGAAUCCUGGGAGUUACCUGGUUUCACCUGGCAAGCCUACCACCAGCUGGCCCUGAAGAAACCACCCUGCACAAAAAUUAAGUCCAAGGUGCGUCAUCACCUAAUCCACCCUGCGGAUGAUGCAACCCAGCAUACGUGGGGCUUUCACACGUGGCUUGAUGUAGGGCGCUUGCCUGCCAUCUUCCCCACUCAGCCUGACGUCCCCUAUGAUAGCAAUGUCUGGCGCUGGCUAACAAACUCCAGUGCCCACCAGCAGCCCCCGGCCAAUCCCGCUAUUCCCCCUCCCUCUCGGAUGGGUAAAAAUAGCUUCCUGACCUUCAUCUGCUAUACUCCCAUCUUCGUGGAUGUGAAAAGGAAGAACCAGGUGAUCCUCAGGACAGUGAAGGAGCUGAAAGAAGUGGAGAAACUCAAGCUAAGAAGUGAAGCAAGAGCACCUCCACUCGAUGUCCAUGGCAACAUCCUACCCCCAAAGAACUUCAAGAAGUAA